AUGUGUCUUCGCGCACAAGACAAGAUGUACUGGCUGUAUCAGAUGCCACUUCCCGAUGAUCAGUGGCAGCACGAGAUCUUGUCGUGGGCACAAGAAGGCCUCGCAUCUCUACAGGCAGCAGUGCAAGAGUAUGCUGCGGGUCCAUCCAUAGCCCUUGAAGGCGGCUACAUGAAGCAAAUGUGGCACAAAGUGAUCCCCGAUAACUACGCGUCGAGUGAUCGGGUUUAUGACAAAACCUGGGAGUCCAUGUGCCAUAGCCAAAUCGUACACGACGCGCAGGGGACUUUGAACUUUGCACUCUUGGGAAUAGCCAUCAUCUUCGGCCUUGGAAUUUUCAUCACCGUCUUCUCCUUUGUUGUCGAGCCGUUCACAGCAUGGGUGCAGAGGCGGUUCAACGUCGGCGCUACAAGAGCAGACGCAUGGCAGAGAGACGAGAGCCUGCAAUCCCUUCGUCUGCUGUUCGAAAAGCAUAACCGUGGCGUUUGGAGAGGGCACUCAGAUCUGGUUCCUGUAACCGUCCACGCAAACGAGACCUUCUUCUAUCCAGUAGCACACGGCAUCGUAGAGGACACCUACCAGUCACUUCCGAACAAGGAGGACGAUAAACCUGGGAGGAUAACAGCAUAG